CACCAAGAAGCAUCGGGCCCCAACUCUCGCCACGCACGUUGGUGUUCAAAACUAGGCACCGGCAAUCACUUUUUUUGAUGGGAUUGAUUCCAUGGUAUAUCUUGGUAACGGCACAUUGGUCUAUCUCUCUUUUGGUUUCAACUCCAUCACUGGCCAGUAUCAAUGCAACCUUCGACUCAAUGGAAAACUCGCGCCUUGUAGUAGAUCAAGCUAAUUUCGCGGUACCGUUAUUGUUGCAGCGCAAAUUCUUGAAUCUGCACAAAAAGAAUUUGUGUCUUUCAAGUAUGCACAGUUACCUGGAAUGAAUUUCUAAAAGAAACAAUUGUUAAUAUUUAGGAGCUCCUAUGUGUGACAUAUGUUCGCUUAGGUGAACACUUGUUACAUGAUAGAAUAAACUUUGCGCUUAC